CAUCGCUUGGCUCUCUGCUCUGAUCCUCAACUCCAAAACCCCAUGUAUUUCUUCCUGAGCACCUUGUCCUUGGCUGAUGUUUGCUACCCAACAGUCAUCGUUCCCAAGAUGUUAGUGAACUUCCUGUCCAAGGCAAAGACCAUCUCCUAUGCUGAAUGUCUGGCACAGAUGUAUUUCUUCCUGGUCUUUGGAAACAUAGACAGUUGGCAUCUCCUGGCAGCUAUGGCCACUGACUGCUAUGUAGCCAUCUGUAACCCCUUCCACAACUAUGUCACUGUUAUGAACCACAGAUCCUGUAGGUUGCUUCUAGCCUUCUCCAUAGCUGUCUCCCACCUCCACUCCCUCCUACAUGUCCUCCUGGUGAAUUGGCUCACCUUUUGUGCAUCAAAGGUUAUCCAACACUUUUUCUGCGAUGUCAACCCUGUUCUGAAACUGGCCUGCUCUCCUACCUCUGUCAAUGAAAUUGUGGCCAUAACAGAAGGGCUGGCCUCUGUGGCUACUCAGGAGUCCACUGCCCCACAUCCAAUCAGCCUGCGGAGUGCACGCUUGACAUCCUUGUUGCGGAGGCUGUACACCAAAGGGUUGGCCAAAGGGGUAAUGGCAGUGUACAUCACGGCAGCCACCAUGUCCUGA